GUAUUAUCAAUGCGUAGUCGUCUCUGCAGGAUUUUGAAGCGAGAAGCUCGAGAGGAGAUGGUUUUUUUGUGAAAUAUAAUGUAUUGAGGGGCUAGAGUGAUUGAGAAAGAGAGAGAGAGAGAGAGAGAGAGAGAGUUUUGAGGUGGUUCUGGUAUCCCUUUUCUGUAUUCUGGUGUCGAGUGGCUGAUUUUAGGUCAGUGAUUGCUAAGGGUGUAUUUUGUAAAAUUUGGGGAUGAUGGAACUUUGAUAGCUAAGUGGGUUGUGUUUGUCACGGCUGCAGGUAGUAGGGAGGGAGCUGGGUCAUGGCCGCUACCGCGGUGGAGGAGGCCCUCCUAGGUCACUUGCAGAAACUGACUAUUAGCAAUUCGGAGGAAUGGGCCUCGUCUGCUGGAUUUGACCACAACCUCGUGAAGGAUGUUGUGAAAUCUCUGCAUGGCUUUGGCUAUGUGGAGGCUGAGACCGUGAAAAAGGUAAGGUGGGUGCUCACUGCCGAGGGCAAGAUGUACACAAUGCGGGGUUCUCCCGAGGUCCAGGUGUUCGAGGCUGUUCCUGCGGAGGGCAUCUCUGCGGCGGAUUUGAAGGGGAAGCUGGAUGCACUGGUCUAUGACGUGGGGUUCAAGACAGCGAUGAAGAACAAAUGGAUUCAGUUAGCUAAACCAUUGAUUAUCAAAAAGGUUGAAUCGGUGAAGGAUGAGGUCCGAAACCUGCUGACUGCCAUCCAAGAAGGAAAGGAAAUUCCGGAUGCAAGUAUUAACGACCUGAAAAAGAGACAGCUCAUAGAGCGCAGGAACGAGACAUGGUUUUCAUUGUCUAAGGGACCUAACUAUGCUCCGAAGAGAGUGAAGCCGGAGACAGAUCUUACGCGUGAUCUUCUACAAAGUGGGGAAUGGUUGAAACGAGACUUCAAACCUUAUAAUUUUAAUGCAUUAGGCCAGCCCACUGAAGGUGGUCAUCUUCACCCCUUGCUGAAGGUGAGAACGCAGUUCCGGAAUAUCUUCUUGGAGAUGGGAUUUGAAGAGAUGCCAACAAACAAUUUUGUAGAAAGCAGCUUCUGGAAUUUCGAUGCACUGUUCCAGCCUCAACAGCAUCCAGCCCGUGACUCUCAUGACACCUUUUUCUUGAAGGCCCCAGCUCGGACAAUAGAGUUACCAGAGGAUUACUUGGAACGAGUUAAGAAAACGCACGAAGAAGGAGGUUAUGGGUCCAUCGGAUAUGGGUACGACUGGAAGAGGGAUGAAGCCGAAAAGAAUUUGUUGCGGACACAUACUACGGCUGUCUCAUCCCGUAUGCUUUAUAAACUUGCACAGGAUGGUUUCACACCAAAGAGGUACUUUUCAAUUGAUCGGGUGUUCCGUAACGAGGCUGUGGAUCGUACACAUCUCGCUGAGUUUCACCAAGUCGAAGGUCUUGUAUGUGAUAGAGGCCUCUCGCUUGGGGAUCUUAUUGGCGUUUUAAAUGAUUUUUUUGCGCGCCUUGGAGUGAAGAAACUUCGUUUUAAGCCUGCCUAUAACCCAUACACUGAACCCAGUAUGGAGAUUUUCAGCUAUCACGAAGGGCUGAAGAAGUGGGUGGAAGUGGGUAAUUCAGGAAUGUUUCGACCGGAAAUGUUGCAACCAAUGGGCCUUCCAGAGGACGUGUCGGUUAUUGCGUGGGGUUUGUCCUUGGAAAGGCCAACCAUGAUUAUGUAUGGUAUUGACAACAUUCGUGAUCUCUUUGGUCAUAAGGUGGAUCUGAGGCUAAUCAAAUCCAAUCCAAUUUGCCGAUUAGGAAUCAAAUAAGUUAUCAAGAGGCAAAUAGACGAUUUGAUAGACUAUUUGGUAGACUAAGGUUUAUUUAUGUUAUGACCCCUCUCUAGUCCUUCGCCUUAGCUGUCUCUUGUCCUUCGUCUUAAUCCUCCCUUGGCCGAAGGGAGCAGAGUUCUGUAUGUCGCGGGUGGGCGUGGUCAAGGGCAGGUAUACAAAAAAAUUGUUAAAAUUGCCUGACAUCCAUUUAUGGAUGAAGAAGAAAAAUUAACAUGGUUUGAGUUGGGUACCUACUCUGCGACCCAAAAUGUCAAGUGAGGAGGGAGUUACUAGAGUUUGGCAAGUAGAGGCCUAGUUUGCAUUUGUAUUACAAUAUUCAUCUCGCUGGAAGAAUUGCAUACCGCUUUUAUUAGAA